AUGGCGAAUCCGGUGCCAAAUCCUGCUGAAUGCGGCAUUCAGGUGUUUUGCCGUGUCCGUCCUUUGAAUAGUAUGGAAGAAAAAGGUGAUUCGAAAUUUGUGCCGAAAUUUUCAUCCGAUUCACAAGAAGCGAUAUCGGUUGCGGGUAAAGUUUAUGUAUUUGACAAAGUAUUCAAACCUACAUCCACGCAAGAGGAGGUUUACAUGGGUGCAGCUUAUCAUAUUGUACAGGAUGUCCUCUCUGGUUACAAUGGCACUGUUUUUGCUUAUGGGCAGACAUCAUCUGGAAAGACACAUACGAUGGAGGGUGUCUUCGGUGAUUCGGACAAGCAGGGUAUAAUACCGCGUAUUGUGCAAGAUAUAUUCAAUCACAUUUAUAAUAUGGACGUUGAUCUCGAAUUUCAUAUUAAAGUUUCAUAUUUUGAGAUUUACAACGAAAAGAUUCGUGAUUUGUUGGACGUAACAAAGAUGAAUCUUGCAAUUCAUGAAGAUAAAAAUCGGGUACCAUAUGUAAAGGGAGCCACAGAACGAUUCGUUUCUAGUCCGGAGGAAGUUAUGUCUUGCAUUGAUGAAGGAAAAAAUAAUAGACAUGUUGCUGUCACAAAUAUGAAUGAACAUAGUUCAAGGAGUCAUAGUGUGUUUCUGAUACAAGUAAAGCAAGAGAAUACGGCGACUCAAAAGAAAUUAACUGGAAAGCUGUAUCUUGUUGACCUCGCUGGGAGUGAAAAAGUCAGUAAGACAGGUGCUGAGGGCACGGUGUUGGAAGAAGCGAAAAAUAUUAACAAAUCUUUGUCGGCACUUGGAAAUGUGAUAGCCGCAUUAGCUGAAGGAACGAAAGGACAUGUGCCUUAUCGAGACAGCAAGCUAACUCGAAUUUUGCAAGAAUCACUGGGUGGUAACUCAAGGACAACAAUUGUAAUUUGUUGUUCUCCAGCUUCCGUUAAUGAAGCGGAAACGAAGAGUACGUUGAUGUUCGGACAGCGAGCUAAGACAAUCAAAAAUGUUGUUAUAGUGAAUGAGGAAUUAACAGCGGAAGAAUGGAAGCGACGUUAUGAGCGCGAGAAGGAGAAGGUGGCUAGACUGAAGCAACAGCUGAUGGCGGCAGAAGCAGAACUAAAUCGAUGGAGAAAAGGUGAAAAGGUACCUGAGGCAGAGUGGGUUAGCCUGCUUGAGGGUGCUGCUGUAAAUCUACAACUCUCAGCUGGAACAGAAUCUCUAUCACCGUCUGUCAGUGAUUCAGUGCUCGGUUCACUUGACAGAUCGAUUUCCGUUGCUCCAGUACCAUUACUGACGUCAGCAAUUGGUGCAAUUACUGAUGCCGAUCGAAAGAAGUAUGAAGAAGAACGAUCUGCUCUCUAUCAGCAGCUGGAUGAAAAAGAUGACGAAAUUACGCUGCACUCCCAAUUGGCUGAGCGUCUCAAACAGCAAAUGAAUGAGCAGGAAGAAUUGAUCAGGCAGAUCAAGCUCGAUUAUGAGAAUGCUCAGGCGGAAGUGAGUCGUAUCCAGAGUGAAAAUGAAGCUUCAAAAGAAGAAUCGAAAGAAGUAUUGACUGCAUUGGAAGAACUUGCCAUGAAUUACGAUAUAAAAACACAAGAAGCGGAGCAGAAAGCUCGAGAAAAUGAGCAGCUUAAUGAUGAGCUAUCAAAGAAAAAUGUAAAAGUCGUGGAAUUGACCACAGAAUUGGAAACAUUGCGUGAAAGUUGUGGAGCGCAAAAAAAGCGUAUCACCGAUGCGAUGCAAUCAAUGUUAAGAGAUUUGUCAGAAGUUGGUAGCAAUUAUGCCAAUACAGCUAAGUUUAAUGCAGAAAAUGGAACUGACAAGCCAUAUGAUGAAGAACUGUUUGCCCAUGCACGAAUCUGCAUAUCAAAAUUAAGCGCUGAUUUCAAGUCAACGCUUCAGAAAAUGUCAAGCUUGGAAUCGGGUUCUGGCAAUGUAACACAGAGGCUGGAAUCUACCGAAAAGGAUUUAGCUGAUUGUCGAUUACUUUUGCAACAAAAUGAAGCGAAAAAUAAAUCGUUGCAGGAAACAAUCACAGCACAAGAAAAAGUGAAACGUCAACUUGAAGAGCAGGUAGACAUGUUGAAUGAAAAAUUAGCAGCCACAGGCGGUGAAGCUGUCCAAAUAAGCGAUGAAGCAAAAGAACAGCAUACCAAACAAGUUGCUGCGUUGCGAGACGAAGUAGCUGAAAAAAGCCGUAAAAUCGAGGAACUCACCGCAUCAUUGCAAGAUUUACGAGUUGCUAAGAAUCAGUUGCAAGCAGAUUACGAAAAACUGAAAAUGGAUGAACAGGAACAAGAAAAGCGCAUUAAAGAACUAUCUGGCUUGUCCGAGAAACGAGAACAGGCGAAAAGUGACCUGAAAGGGCUUGAAGAAACAGUCGCGAAAGAACUGCAAACGCUGCACAAUCUUCGUAAAAUGUUUGUGCAGGAUAUCGGGCAGAGGAUUAAGCGAGCACCCACAGGCACGGAAUUAAAUGAAGACGAAUAUAUGUCAUCGCCGGCUCAAAAGCAGAAGAUCGCAUUCUUAGAAAACAAUUUGGAUCAGUUAACGAAAGUACACAAACAGCUUGUGCGAGACAAUGCUGAUCUGCGCUGUGAGUUACCAAAAAUGGAAAAACGAUUACGUGCUGCUAUGGAUCGUGUAAAGAGCUUGGAAACGGCGUUGAAAGAAACCAAGGAAAAUGCUAUGCGGGACAGAAAGAAGUAUCAGCAUGAAGUUGAAAGAAUUAAAGAAGCAGUGCGUCAAAGAAAUCUUGCCAGACGAGGUCUUGCUGCUCCUCAGAUUGCGAAACCAAUUCGUCCUGGACAACAUUAUUCACCAAUUGGCACAACAAUGUCAGUGUUGAGUUCAGCAAUGCAAAGUUCCAUACGAGGAGGUGGUCAACCAGUUAUCGUGAAUUCGGUCAAUAAUGGUAUGUGA